CAGGGACCUCGAUGCUUGCUUUCCAUGUCGGAAUGGAAACGUUCGAAGAGGCCAGUCGGUCUCGAGCGUCCCUUGUCCACGGCAAAAGCGGUUGCAAUUGCGAUUGCGACAUGAUCGCUGACCCAGAAAAAGUCGACUGCGUCGCCGCGGAAUGGCUUCGCAUCCACGCGGAUCGUCACGUCGAGAUCCAGCAGCUCCGAGUAAUUUCAGGCUGUUCGAUUUCAAGGCCGCCUGGAUGGGAUCCUUGAGAAAUCGAGCAAAUACUACCUUCGAUGGAAACCGCCAUGGAUAUCCCUUUGGUAGAAGCGGCAUCUCUCUAGUUUCGGAGUCUGGAGUUUCCACGUCGGUUUCGGUCGCCUCUUCGCUUUCCAGAUUAGCGGUCUCUCGCACCUCGGGCUCCUCCGCCGCGUUUCUCGGUGCCAGCUUCGGCAGCAGCGCCACUGAUGAUGCUUCGGCCGAUCCGAUUGACCCUCCGUGCAGGCAGCAGCAGCAGCGGCAGCAGCAGCAGCAGCAGCAGCAGCAGCACCACCACCACCACCACCACUCCCGUCGCCGAUCUCUCACGAUCUUGCAUCUCGACGACUCAGGGUCGAAAUCGGACGGCCAUUCGUUAAACUCUACAUCACGAAGCGCUUCUUUCUCUCUACGGUCGAAUCGCAGGUCCUUCACCGUCUCCUCGCAACCCCCGCAUCAUCCGCCGAUUCUUGAGAAGUCCUUCGAAUCCUUGGAUUCCCCGCAUCUUCCGCCGCCGAACGCGCAUGAGAAGAUGAAGGCUAGGCGGAGUUUCAGUUACGGGUCGCAGGAGCGGAGAAGCAGAAGCAGCCUGGACGACUCGGAAGCGCACGUUCAGGAGGCUCAUUCUGGGGGGAGAUGCUCUUGCGGGAUGAGAACCCUAGAGUUCGGGCCCGACUCGGAACAUCUGUGCUCUCAGCCCAGCCUCGAGCGCGGCAGCAGCGCCAGUUCCGCCGCCACUCCCGCUUCCCCCUCCUUCUUCUCCCCCGCCGACGCCAAGAGGCGCCUCUCCGCGCAGUUCGGCGCAGGCAUGUGGGGGGAGGGCGGGAGUUACGGGCAGCUUGGCGCCAGCGUGUGGGGGGGAGGCGGGGCUUACUCCGCGCUGGAUCCGUCCCCUGGGCGGAACUGGGUGGGCGACGCAGCAGCGGGCGCUGGGGUCUCCGGGCGGCGCUCCUCCAUCUCCUCGUAUUUCCAGACGCUCUUUCGGGUCGGCGAAGGUGGCGAAAUUGGCGAAGCUGAAAGCGAUUUCGCGGAGGCGGGCAACUACUGCUGCGAAACCGGCUUCUCUGACACUCCGUACCCGGCCGCCGCAGCGCGUCGUUCUACCUCCUCCUCGUCUUGCCAUGUCGCGUCCUCCUUCCGCCGAAGCCCCUCCUUCUUCUCCCCCUCGCGCCCCCACCUUCCCCCCUUCCCCCUCUCCGCCUAUCCCCCCAGCACCCUCUUCCGCUUCUCCCGCAACACGCGCCUCUCUGAAUCCGCCGCCUGCCUCCCUGCCGCCUCUCCCGCUGCUUUUCCCCCCGCUUCGCCUUCCGCUUCUCCCUCCGCCUCUCCCCACACCCAUCUCGCCGCUUCUGCGUCCCGCGCAGCGCCGGUAGACCCAUGGCAAGCCGCGAGGCUGUCUGGGCGGCCAGACACCGUGACGCCGGGAAGAGGGCCUGCUUACUCCGGCAGGAUGGAUCCUCCUGGGGAUUCUCCUGGGGAUUCUUCUGGGGAUCGUCCCGGGGAUUCUCCACAGGUGAUUUCUCCUUGGGUGGUUCUCCCUGCUCCUGCCACAGGCGCAGCCACAGCGCCUGUGCUUCCGUGGGGGCGAGGGAGACGGGGAGACGAGGAGGCAGGGAGUGAGGGGCUGAUAACAUGGGCGGCGAGGCCAGGGGACAAGGUCUCAGGGAGUGCGGACUCAGGUGUGCAAUCAGGUGUAUGUUCAGGAGCUGCCGCAGCAACAGAUGAAACGUCAGGGAACAGCAGUCUAGAGGUGUCAUUCGGAAACAUGUCCCUGGAUUCAGGUCAAUCGGUAUCCUCAGAAUGCUCGGUUGCUGCUGCGUGCAAAGCUGGGUCAGAAUACCCUGCUGCUGCCAGGGGGCAAGCACGGGCAGCAUUGCAACCCACGUGGCAAGCAGCGGUGGCAGCGCACACCUCGUCGCCUGAUAGGGAAAAUAGCUGCUUGAAUGUUCAAGAGUCCACCUCUUGUUCUUUGGCUGCUGGCCGCAGCCGCUCAGCAAAUCUCCACAACAACACCGCGCUCUGGGAGGCGAACUGCAAGGCUCAGACUGACCCUGCCAGGGCUGCUUUUUUCCCCCGCCAACUUUCUAGAAGGCUUCACAGGCUGCUGGGAUGCUGGGCUGGCACACAGGGUGGGAGAGAGCGUAGCAGAGAGGGCGGCCGCGAGGGCAGUGCAGAAGGCAUCCAAACAGGAAGCAGAGAGAGCCGGAGGUGGUGUGUGAGCUGGAGGGAUGGUGGAGGGGAUGGUGGAGGGGAUGGCGGAGGGGAUGGCGUGGCACAGAAUGCGUGCUUUGGGUACCCAUUCAGUGGAGUUAGAGUGGGAGAAGAGAGGGAAGGGUUCUGUCGGGAUAUCUGGCCAGGGGGGAAAGUGGGCUGUGGGAAUGACAAUAUGGGUGGUAAGACCGAUUUUGACGGUGAUUGUGGAGAAGUGUAUGUUGCAAGGAGGAAGGGUAGUUUGAGCAAGUGGUGGUGAGAACAAGUCGUGUUGGUGACUUCAGGUUUGCUUCCUAUCUGUUGGAAAUAUCUCAAAGGACUUAAGCGUUUCUGAAGUAUAACACUACACUCGAGGAAGAUCGCAACGGGUACGCGAGUCUACGGAGGUUACACGAAGGGGCGGACAAAGAACGCGAAGGGACUCGGAGGUUACACUAUCCCUUUCUGUAAGGAAUUUUAUUCCUUACCGGGUUGUACUGCAAUCGCGUACACCCGAACUCUCGGAACACCAGGCUCGGUCAGUUUCCAACGCGACCCCGAGGCACGCCCGCACCGCCUCCGAACCUUUCGACCGCGCCUGUACCCAACCUAGCCUUCCGGGCUCGUCGCCUAGCUAGAGCUCUCGCUAUAUAAUGCUAGGCUCCCAUUCUUGUACUCGUCAUUAUUAUUCGGCGCACUCUCAGUUAUUAU